AUGGCCGCUUGUCCUCUUAACCUCGAGCGGCCACCACAUCACAGCUGCCCCGAGGGAGUGGGGUCAGGGCCCCCACAAGGGCGGAGCAGGGCCCUGCCUCAGAGCCCCUGUAACAGGCUCUUCCUCCUCCUCCGCAGGGAGAAGAAGUGGGUGACCGUGGGUGACACAUCCCUGCGGAUCUACAAGUGGGUCCCUGUGACGGAGCCAAAGGUUGACGAUAAAAACAAGAACAAGAAAAAGGGCAAAGAUGAGAAGUGUGGCUCGGAGGUGACCACGCCAGAGAACAGCUCCUCCCCGGGGAUGAUGGACAUGCACGAUGACAACAGCAACCAGAGCUCCAUAGCGGACGCCUCCCCCAUCAAACAGGAGAACAGCAGCAACUCCAGCCCCGCGCCGGAGCCCAACCCCUCCAUGCCCUGCGAGGGCACCAACACCAAGGCCGACGAGGCCCAGGCCGAGGGCAAGGAGCUCCCUGGGGCCGAAGAUGCUUCUGACGAGCAGAACUCGCAGUCUUCCGUGGAAAACGCCGUGAACAGCUCAGAGAAAGCCGAGCGGCCGCCAUCUGGAGAAGCGGCUCUAUCGGCUGAGACACCCUCCAUCUCUCAGGAUUUGGAAGGAGGGCCGCCCUCUAAAAAGAUGAAACUGGAGACGUCGCAACAAAACUCCGAAGAGAUGUAGACGCUCGGGGCUCAGGCUCCGGUCCACGUUUCCCGGGAGAUCCGUCAGCAGGCUUACUUCUACGACUUCCCCGAGCGAGCGAGCCCUCGGGUUAGAACGACUGACUUUCCCAAGUUUACCAAGUGCAAAUCCAAGAGAACCUAGAACGGCGUGACUUCUCAGACACUGAAGAACUUUCUGCUGUGAAGCAAAACCCUCGAAUCUUGAAGUGACUGUCCUUGUGGAGGUGGGUCGACAGCUCAGGAGUGUCAGACACUGUCUCUGAAGCCAAGAUUACAUUUGCGUUGCUGCUGUAUUGUUUUUCGCCCCACUUCUCUCUCUAACGACAUAAGCUAUCUGAGGGUGGUGCCCAUCAGGAAUUCACGUUUCGGGGCUUUCCACUGUCCCACCGACUCCUCCCGCUUUCUUUUUGUGUGCCUUGUGCCCUUGAGGUGACCUCCGGCAUGUUCUCCCAGUUGUUUUGCAUCUCCCUUUGCAAAGCGCCCUCUCGGCUUUGUUGAGGCUGCCACUGCCCCGGCCGGCCAGCCCUCAUGUCACGCUCCUCCCUGUCCCAGGACUUCAGUGGGAACAGAGCAGGCAGGGAGGGGGAGAGCCCGAGGCUGCAGAGGAGUAGGACCUUCGGCCACCUGCCCAGCCUCCACGGUCCGGUCUGAGGAGUCUCAGGUGUCAGGGCACUGUCCCCCGAGCGCUGGCCACCCGAUACGCUUUCUCCGGACAUCUGAACCUGGCGUUUCCAAGUGGCCCAAAUGGACACACAGAGCCCCUAGAUCCUUCUGCCACUUCCACCCUCUGCCCCCACCAUACCGCCUCCUCCCACGCCUCCGAAGACGGGGUGGCUUCUGUGGCUGACUGCAGGAUCGUCUCGAGGUGACAGAAAGGCCGCGGAGGCCGGGAGCAGGCAGCAGGAGUAGCUGGUGCUCUCAAAGGAUUUCACAUCCACAGUAAUCUGCUGCCCUCUGCCUUCCCCAGGCCCUCUAGCCCCACCCGGGGGAAGGGGGUCAAGAUUGCAAUCCAGGAAACCCACUUGCUUCAGCAUAAUGUUCCUGACACCACCGAGCCAACAGAUGGAUCCUGUCUUAUUCCCAGGGUACCCUGCGGUCGGUCCCCCCACGGAGCGGGCCUUGAUGGUUCAGCCUUGAAGGCCAGAAGGGAGGCACCAAGGAGCAAGCUUUGCCCUCCAAGAAGGGGCGAUCGAAUCCCUGCCUCCAUCCCUGCCCGCCUGGGGCAGCUGCUUCUCACUAAAACGAAGCUGCCCCCUUGGACCAGCUGCCGGAGUGUUUGGUUCUGAGGCCUAGUUGCUCUUCGUUCCUCUAUGGACUCCUCAGACCCCAGCCCUGUUCCCAAGCUUUCUUUCCUGCACUGGAGUUCCAACUCCCUUUGAGCUGUGUGUGGUGGGGGGGAGGGGGAGGGAGGAAGGGUUGCGAGGUUUUGUUGGUUGUUUUCUGUUUUGUUUUAUUUUGCUAACUGGUGCAUAUUCAGGUACCACCUUUGACAUGGGGAUCUCUCUCCUGCCACCGUGGGAAGUAUCUGCCAGAUUCCACUUUCUAAGAGUUUCUGAGGGUGGGGCUCUUACUUUCGUUUUUUUGUCAGGGAGCCCAUCCAUUUCCUGCUCUUCAAGAAGAAUCAAAAUGUUCCUGAAUCUCAAAUACCUCAUGCAAAAACGUCUCCUGAGAUCAGGGGAAACAAACACGCCAACUCUGGAGAUCUCAAUGUUGAAGUGAGCGGUGGUGGCCGAAAGGUUUCUGUCUUAAAAAAAAAAAUCCUUAUCAGUUUCCCGCCCUCAGGCGGUCAGUGCUCCGCAGACCGGCGCUCCUUCUCCGCGUUACCUCUCAGCACUCCAGGCGGCUUUACCUCCAGAUCCUGAAGGGUUUGAAUCACCUUUUCCUUUGCAGCAAAACUCCAUUUUGAUGAAAGACGAACUGGGAUGUUUAUUUCCUGCUCUUUUUUUGGGAACCGAGAGGUGACAACCAAGACAGCUGAAGGAGAGUCACGCACACACUUGCACACGCAUGUCCAUCGGCCAGGGUCCCCUGCCGGCCCCGCGGACAGGCCAGGCGAGUCCACAUGGUGGGGAAUGAGGACGCCGUCCACGACACCGAGGCUGUCAUUCGUUUUUCUUUGAAGUGCCUGAAGGUAGGGGUGGGCCGAUGGCCUGGGAGCCACCUGGCCCCACCGCGGCCACGGCCACGCCAGGCGACGUGCCAGCGAGCCCCGCACUUGAUGCUGGUCCAGAGGAGACUGCAAAAUCCAGAUGUGCUUCCUUCCCAGCAGCCCGCUCCCCGGAGCCGCUGUCCCCCUGCCCACCCCGCGCCACGCCCUCUCCCACCUUGCAGCUGGCCCAGCCAGGACGGGGGCCCUAAGCGAAUGCCUUCCUUCCGCGGACACCAGGCCCCAUGGCCUAAAGGGCUCCCCGGGCAAACCCGAUCCCCCAGAAGCUGGGGAAGCUGUGGCUACACAUUCCACAAAGUGCUGGCACUUACACCCUUACCCUGGAAGGCAGUCGGCUGACGCCGCGGGUGGUGACCUCCCAUUUCCACCGACGUCGUGGCUUGGCACAUUCAUUACCGCCAAGGACCUGGUUAGAGGUAUAAAGACCUUUUUUUCACGUUACCUGAUUUUUUGUUGUUGUUUUCUCUUACGAUUUUUUUUUCCGGUGUGUUGUACAGCAGUAUAAUUUUUCACUUAUUUAUUCCAUCAGUAGAUAUGGUUUGUACAAUGUACAAUGGUUCCAUUUCAGAAAGUAAAAAUAAAAAAAAUUCGGAUCACGAA